UGACGCUCAACUAUGGCUACCCUCUCGUAGUGAUGGAGGCGCUCUGUUGACAACAAGGCAAAACUGAAACUCUUAGCCAUUUUAUUUUCCUGCCGACAUAAGUUGGACUUACGAUGCAGAAGAUUAAGUCUCUCAUGGCCCGUCAGGGCCUGAAGAGCCCCCAGGAGAGCAUGGCAGACCUGAGCCCUGUGGAGAACCUGAGGAUCCCCAGCAAGGAGGAGUUGCGGGAGCUGAGGGAGCAGCCCAUCGACCCCCUGGCGGAGCAGGAGAUCAUCGACAGCAUCGAGGAGGUCUACUUCUCCAACGACUCCUUCGACAUGGUGCAGCACGAACUGGAGAAACUCCCACCUGAGCUGAACCUGCAGGAGCUGGAGGAGUACCGAGACAAGCUCAAAAGACAACAGGCUGCAGUUUCUAAAAAGGUCGCCGAUCUCAUUCUGGAGAAACAGCCUUCUUAUGUAAAGGAGCUGGAGAGAGUGACGGCGUUACAAACCAACCUCCAGCUGGCAGCAGUCAUUUGCACUAAUGCAAGGAGGCAACUGAGUGUGGCGAAGGAAGGCUUCACCGAGGCCAGCCUGGGUCUGCUGGCCAACCAAAGAAGACGGCAACUGCUGACAGGCCUGCUCAAGUCUCUGAGGACCAUCAAGACCCUGCAAAGAACUGAUGUCAGACUCAGCGAGAUGCUCGAGGAGGAAGACUAUCCAGGUGCAAUCCAGCUCUGCCUGGAAUGUCAGAAAGCUGCCAGCACCUUCAAACACUACAGCUGCAUCAGUGAAUUGAAUUCCAAACUGCAAGACACUCUAGAGCAAAUCGAGGAGCAGCUUGAUGUCGCCCUGUCGAAGACUUGUAAGCACUUUGAUGUUUCGCACUACACCAAGGUCCAGCUGGCCUACACGCUCCUGGGUAAAACACAGACUGCUAUGGACCAGUUGCACAUGCACUUCACCCAGGCCAUCCACAACACAGUGUUCCAAGUGGUGCUGGGAUACGUUGAGCUGUGUGCCGGAAACGCUGAUACCAAGUUCCAGAAGAUGCAGUACAAGGACCUGUGCACGCACAUCACCUUAGACAGCUACAUCCCCUGCCUGACGGAUCUGUGCAAGGCAUUGUGGGAGGUGAUGCUGAGCUACCACCGCACGAUGCAGUGGCACGAGGAGCAUGACAAACAGGAGGCCACACCCACUCCAGAUGAUGCAGCAGCAGCAGCAGAGUCUGAUGAGUUGAUGGUGGACCGCAGCUAUGUAAAGAAGAAACUGGAGCACGGACUGACACGGAUCUGGCAGGAUGUCCAGUUGAAAGUGAAGGCCUACAUCCUGGGUACAGACAUGUCAAACUUCAAAUACGACGAUUUCAUUGUGGUACUGGAUGUCAUCAGCAGGUUGAUGCAGGUGGGUGAGGAGUUCUGCGGCAGUAAGUCAGAGGUCCUGCAGGAGUCUAUCAAACGCCAGAGUGUCAACUACUUUAAAAACUAUCACCGGGCACGACUGGAAGAGCUGAGGAUGUUUCUGGAAAAUGAGUCGUGGGAACUGUGUCCAGUCAAGUCUAACUUCAACAUUGCUCAACUCCACGAGUUUAAGUUCAUGGGCCAGUGUCGCUCUCCGUCUGUUUCCCCGAGCAGACAGGCUGUGUCCACGACCAGCCCGCCUCAGGAGGAGCUGUCUCUGUUCCAGCAGUACCUUCAGGAGGGAAACCCCUUUGAGAUGCACAUUGAGCACAAGGAAGAGGAGACGGAGGAUGUGCUGGCGUCUAACGGAUACGAGUCCGAUGAGCUGGAGAAGAGCGUGUAUCAGGAUUACGACAGCGACAGCGAUGUGCCUGAUGAGCUGAAGCAGGACUACGUUGACGAGCAGACAGGUGAUGUUCCUCAAAAGAGUGUGUCCCGAGAGACCAUAAGAAGCAAGAAAAAGUCCGACUACAACCUUAACAAGACCAAUGCGCCGAUUCUCACCAACACCACCCUCAAUGUCAUCCGGCUUGUCGGAAAGUACAUGCAGAUGAUGAACAUUCUGAAGCCCAUUGCCUUCGAUGUGAUCCACUGUGUAUCACAGCUCUUUGACUACUACCUGUACGCCGUAUACACCUUCUUUGGUCGCAAUGACAUGCCUGUCCCAAGCCCAUCUUUGCCAGCUCACGGUGGCAGAGAGACAGGCCCUGCCAGGGUGGUGGGUCCUGCUUGCUUGUAUGAGUCAUCAGGUCUGGGCCUUAUCAGCAGCAGACUGAGAACCACACUGAACCGGAUCCAGGAGAGCCUCAUUGACAUGGAGGCUGUGGGGGAGAACGCAGGAGUCCAUGGGCCGGCAGAGGACAGGAAGGAGAAGGUUCCCAGCCCCCAUCUCAGCCAAAUGGUGGUCCUCACUAACAGUGGCACUCUGUAUGGACUGGCACAGAGGGUGGUGGCCACUGAGUCCCUUGUGUUUCUGGCAGAGCAGUUUGAGUCUCUCCAGUCCCACUUGGACACAAUGAUGCCUGCAGCCAAGAAGCCCUUCCUACAACAGUUUUAUUCCCAGACGGUGUCUACCGCCAGCGAACUGAGGAAACCGAUAUACUGGAUUGUGGCAGCCAAGGCCAUCGACUACGAACAGAUGUUGCUCAUGAUGGCCGGAGUUAAAUGGGACAUUAGGGAGAUAAUGUCACAGCAUAACGUAUAUGUGGACGUCCUAUUAAAGGAGUUUGAGCAGUUUAACAAGCGGCUGGGCGACGUUUCCAGACAUGUGCGCAUCCCCCUGCCCGUGUCCAACGUCCUGUGGGAGCACUGCAUCCGCUUGGCCAACAGGACUCUUGUUGAGGGCUAUGCUAAUGUGAAGAAAUGCAGCAACGAGGGCCGGGCCCUGAUGCAGCUGGAUUUUCAGCAGUUCCUGAUGAAGCUGGAGAAGCUGACUGACCUGCGACCCAUCCCCGAUAAGGAGUUUGUCGAAACCUACAUCAAGGCCUAUUACCUGACUGAGAACGAUAUGGAGCAGUUCAUCAAGAACCACAGGGAGUACUCCAUGAAGCAGCUAGCCAACUUGGUGAACGUCUGCCUGGGUUCACAUAUAAACAAGAAGGCUCGUCAGAAACUUCUGGCAGCUAUCGACGACAUCGACAGACCCAAGAGAUAGACUGAACGACGGAUCGAAACACAUCAACCGACCCACAGAGACGGACACUCCAACUGAGCUGCACCCCAGAUGGAGCUCAGCAUUGAAUGUCUUUAUUUUAGGUUCAUUAGAAAUUUGUGGAGAUGUGUUCAAUAAGAUCUACGGUGUGUGCACUAGUCGAGCUACUGUAAAUUAAAAAAAAAAAAGUCAGCCAAAUGCUAGUUAUCUGGUUAUUCAGUCUUCAUGUGGUCACAAAACACAAGCUGUUGCUUUUUGAAUGCACCUCAUGGCAUUCCUAAAUCUCUGUCUCACACUCGAGCAUGCUAUUCUACGCAUUGACAGACCAUCGUGCAUGCCCUCGUGUUUUCAUUUUUGCAAACAUGCUGCUUGGGAUGCUCUUCUGCAAAUGAUCUGGAACCGCAGCAACUUUUAACAUCUCUUCAGCGACCGUAAGGAAAUCAUGUCGUUGGAGGCAAACGACUACAAAUACUGAAUCUAACAGUGUAACGUGAUGUGUCGCUCGAACCUUGUGGCUGUUUUUAUGACAUUCCAUCGAGUUUUCACCAAAUGUGCUGAAUCUCUGACACAACGUCUACCUUCAGCUUCAAGAAAACAAAAAGUGUACGAGUUGAAAUUUGAGUCACGUAAUGUUGUUCAGCUUUGUGGAAAAUAUGUCCCAUGAAAAGACUUUAACAAUUGCCCCCCCUACUAGCUGAAUGUGCUCAUAUAUGGAGAAGAGAUGGUGGAUCUGGAUUUUUGUUUACCUUAAUCAUUUUGUUUUUUUUAUAAUUUAUUCCAGCCUGUAUGUUUGCUAUAUAUUAUUUCACUUCAGGGUAUUUGUCGCGCCUGACUGGACUUUUCUGCUUUUGUUUGUUUAAUCCACGAAUAAGAUAAAUCUAAUAUAAUGAUGAUUCUGAAAGUAAUAUAAACUGCUGUAGUUUGCAUUGACAUAGAUUAUAUCUGCACCAGCUGCAUUUCUUUGUCUGGGGAUGAGGGAGUGACUUUGUCGUCCUGGGGUGAGUUUUUGAACGUCUUUGAGAGAGUGCUUACCUUCAAUCUUUUUUGCUGAGCAGUAAAAUCUGGCCUGUUUCUAUUUGUUUUGUAGGUUUGUGAGUGUUAGUUUACUAUCUACAGAGAUUUCCUCCAAGGCUCCCCCCUCCACUAGUCAUCUCCAUUAGCUGAACCUGAGCAGGCUUGCAGACAGGUUUGCCAGAUUAACUUAAUCCAAAUGGAAAAAUAUAAAAUGAAGUGACGUUUUUUUUUUGAUACAGCUUCGUAUGUACUUUGUGUGCAACUAUUCCAAGACGAAUACUGUAAAUGUGAAUGUUUUGAACAAUGUCUGUAUUUAUUUCUGGCUUUGUGUCUCGUUUGGGUUUUUAUAUGAUAACUGCUGGAAGUGUCUGUCAUUCAUCACCUCGGUAUCUUGUCAUCCGAAGCAAAUGCAAAUAUUUAAAAUUGUCAAAUUAUGUUAAGGGUCAAGUGCACUAUAGUAAAAAUCUGUAAUCAGUGUUGGAGUUGUAGGUUGAACCAGAUGAUGAUUCUAACACAAUAAACACACUAAUAAUGGA